AUUUACCGUUAAAAAACAAAGAAUUAAGCAAUUUUAUUUCCCUACCCUCACAGCGAUUGCUCUCUCUUCCGCAGUGGCCAACACAUAACCCUUUCUUGGCGGCAGCAGCGAAACCAUGAGGAAGCAGAAACAUGGGUUUAAGAGGUCUUUUGUCAUGAAGAAGCCAAAGCAGCAGCAGCAGCAGCAGCAGCAGCAGCCCACAGUGGAUCCUAUUACUGGAAAGAAGAUUCCCAAAAGUUUUGUGUUUUCACGAGGAAAAUUGCCAGCUUCUCUCAAACAGCUUCAGAUGGAUCUCAGAAAGUUAAUGUUGCCAUAUACUGCUCUCAGCCUCAAGGAAAAGAAACGGAAUAAUCUGAAAGAUUUUCUCAAUGUUGCUGGGCCUAUGGGUGUCACACAUUUCUUCAUAUUGUCAAAAACUGCAACUGCACCUUACUUGAGGGUUGCAACAACCCCGCAAGGACCUACUCUUACAUUUAAGAUACAUGAAUACUCUCUUGCAGCUGACAUUGCUCAAUCUCAAUUGCGUCCCCGGUGCCCGAAAGAUCUAUUUAAAAAUUCUGCUUUGAUUGUGCUUUCUGGAUUUGUGAGUGGAGAUCUACCUCUACAGCUUACAACUAACAUGUUUCAGAAUAUUUUUCCAACAAUUGAUGUCAAAACUGUUAAGCUCUCUUCUUGCCAAAGGAUCUUGUUGCUUAAUUACAACAAAGACACUAAGCUCAUUGAUUUUCGGCAUUAUUCCAUUAGACUACAACCUGUAGGUGUUUCACGCAGAUUAAGAAAACUUGUGCAGAGCCAUCAAGUGCCUGAUCUAAGGAAUCUUCAAGAUGUUAGUGAUUUUGUCACAAAGGCUGGCUAUGGAUCAGAAAGUGAAGCAGAUGAAGAAGCAGCAACGGUGACUUUGUCUAGUGAUAUUGGUAGAGUUAAUCGUGCUUCUACAAAAAGUGCUGUCAAACUUCAAGAGGUUGGUCCCAGAAUGACUCUUCAACUAGUUAAGAUAGAGAAGGGACUGUGUUCGGGUGAAGUCCUCUUCAGUGAAUACGGAAAAGCUGGUGGCAAAGGAAAAAGUGACGAUGAGAUGCAGGACAAUGAGGAAGGAGAAGAUGUUGAGGGUAGUGAAGAUGAAGAAGAUGAUGUUGAACAUUCAGAGGAUAGUGAGGAUGAUGGAGAACUUGAUUAGGCACGUAUUGGCAAACAGGUGGUGUAGUACUAAGUUGUAGAGUAUUUCCAUAACAGUGCAGAUCUGAAAGGUGCCAUUGGAAAUUUUUCGUAUCAAGCAUUCCAGUGGGGCUGUGGUAUACAAUAUAUUUGUCUUUGUUAAAUUAUAUAAAUUUAGAGUAAUCAACUACUGUUCAUUUUACUACCACUUUUCAAACUUUACUUAAACCGAUGAAACUGGAGCAAUGAUUUGUUAUAUUAAUAUUUAUCCUAU